GAAAAGAAUAUGUUUAGGCUUAGUAAUAACAACAUAAACAGAUCCCUUAAAGCUUUAAAGCCGCUGUAAAUUGUGUACAAAAAGUAUUGUUCGAAAGCAGGAUAUAUUCCAUCAACUGUUUCAGUUCUUUCUGGUAAGUACCGAAAAUUUUCAAUCUAUAUUAACUUCAUUUAUUAGCCAUAACUAAACCAUUAGCAUUUUUAAUACUAGAAGAUUAAGUAAUUAAAGAGAAUGGUCAGGGAUCAAGGAUACCGUUUUUAUAGGAUUACCUUCAUUAAGACUAAUUAUUAAAGGUCUCCAAGUGAAUAAACGCUUUUAUAAUAAAGUAACUUAUUUUAAGGAAGUAUUACUACAGAAUGGUUACGCAAUAUGGGAAAGUGUUUAAGCGAAUUAAGUAGGAAAUAGAAAAAUUACAGUCCAUUUGUAUCAAAGUCGCUUGGGUAAUUUUACUGCAAUUAUCUGUAUAUCACUUAAUUUAUGAUGAUAAGUGUAAAUUAGUCAUAUAUUAAUAGUAAAUUGUGGCACAUAAAAGCCGGAAUAUGAGAAAGUUAGUUGCACCCCAGCCAACUUCCUCUCUCCAAAUAUCAUGGGAAUAUGCAACAAGGAACCCGACACCACAUUAUUCAAGAAUAAAGAUUCAACAAAGUAAGCCUAUUUAAUGUGGAUAGCGGAUAUCUUAUCUCAAUUAUAUUUUUCAGCUGACUUGGAUUGUUUAGCUAUUUAUCACAACAAAAAGUAGAAGAUUGUUCAUACUUCCCGGUCGUGCACUUUCGAAAACGAGACCGGAAAUCCUUACAAACUAUUUUCUUUUUCCGUUUAAUGUAUCUUUAUAGAUACUCACUUUAAUUUUUUCCUUGAUUGGCGACCUUGAAAAAGUCAUUAUAAUAUAUAUUUCUAUUGAAGAAGCUUCUGUAUAAAGAUUAUUUUUUGAAAUAUUUAGUUUAAGUCAAAAAAUUGUUCAAGUUUUCGUAUUGAAUCAAUGCAAGACACAUCAGUUGGUAACGACUUUGAUCCACACAACAGGGAUGACUGGUAUUUUGGUACGUAUUCAAGAGAGGAUGCGAAUAGGCUGCUAGAUAGUGAAAAUGAAGCAGGAGUAUUUCUGGUUAGAGAUAGUAAUACACUAAAGGGAGAUUUAGUGCUUUGUGUGAGUGAAGGCGAUCGCACUGCACACUACAUUAUUCAGAAAUAUAGAAAAGGGGAAAGUGGUGAUUUAGUAUACAGAAUAGGAGAAAAAGACUUUAAUGAUAUGCCUGAGUUAUUAAUAUUCUAUCGCUAUCACUUACUGGAUAAAACCUACUUGAAAAAAGUCGUUACCAGGGAAAGAUAUAUAACUUUAUAUACUUUCGCCGGUAAGGACAAGGAAGAUUUACCGUUUGGAAAAGGGGAAAUGCUUACCAUUUUACAAAAAGAUGAAGCUCAAUGGUGGACGGCUAAGAAUUCUAAAGGAGAAAAAGGUCAAGUUCCUGUAACUUAUUUGCAAAAGCAUGAGCCGAGAAUUACUAUUUAUAAUGAACUUCCUAAUAAAGAAGAAAGACUAAGCAGGUUGCAGUCGAGAAAGGUUCCAUUUGUUGCCAAAGCUGUAAAGCCAUAUUCUCCCUGUGUCUACAAUCAAAACGAAUUGGCCUUCGAGAAGGGUGAUACUAUUCAGGUUGAAAAAGUCGACAGUACGGGUACAUGGUUUGGCAAAAAGCUGCCUAGCGGACCAUCUGGAGAAUUUCCAUUCAUCUUUGUUCGACCCGUAGAUACGGAAUCGGAAGCGAGUAAUUAG